AUGAGCCUUCUGGAUGCCCACAUGUCCUCCACAGCUUCAGUCUCAUCCCGUCAUAAUGCUAUGAAGGCGUUUCCGCGCGCACUUGCAGUUGAUGCUGCCUCAUGUGCCCUUCAUCGUGGCGAUGUGUGCCGUGCCGUAGAGUUGCUAGAACAAGGCAGGACUCUUAUCUGGACCCAGUUAACACGAUUCCACACACCUAUCGACACCCUCCCGGGGCGUGGCAACCACGAAGAGGCCAUAGUGAAGAAAUUUCGAGACCUCAGUUCCCUCCUUGAUAGACGUCCUGUGAAUAAUUCAGAAGGAGACCGAAAAGUUGACAUAGAGGCACAAGCCACACGCUACACUCGUCUUGUGAAGGACUGGAAUGAAGCUGUGGAAGAGAUCCGAAAGCUCAAGGGCUUCUCUAACUUCCUGCUUCCCCCCAUGUUCUCUGAACUUCAGGAUGCCGCUCGUGGCGGGCCUAUCAUCGUUCUUGUUGCAAGCAAGUCGUAUUGCCAUGCAAUCAUCGUCCCACAUAAGGAACCUCCGGUUAAUGUAGGACUCGCUAUCAACGUAGAAAAACUCGAGCGAUUGGUGUUCGCUUUCCAACGGACGGUGAACAACCCUCUGUCACGGGAAAAACAAGGAAAGCUGAUAGAAGCUUUGAGAGAGUUAUGGGUCAAGAUCGUGCACCCUGUGGUUGAAAAUCUGGGCAAAUUUGCAAAACCAGGGUCGCGAAUAUGGUGGUGCCCAACCUCUCUCUCAACUUCAUGCCUUUGCACGCUGCUGGCGAGUAUGGCGGGGUGGAAAGUCCCUUGCGCAACUAUACAUUUCUUCCUACACUCCAUCGCUUACCACGCUCAUCAAGGCUCGCAGACGCCGUGA